AUAGAGAGAUGCCACGUCACCUUCUCUAUGUUCUUCCUUUAUUAUUAUAUAUAUAGAUUGAUUUAACUUUGUGAUAAUUUUUUAUCUUAAAAUGUGGAUGAAUGGGCAUUUUUGAUCCAAAAAUGAAAUGUGGGAUUUUUCACCCUUUUUCGUCCCCUAAAUAACAAAUCCAUAAAAAAUUGUACCCGAGUUGUCAUUCUAAAUCUUCAAGUUCCUCUUUUAGUAAAAUUCUAGCAAAGUGGUUAGCAAUCGGUCCAGACCAGUAUACGCAUUUUUCUCUCCGAAUCCGCCUUCUCUUUCAGUUGCUGUUCUCCUCUUCUCAACUGUAAUCAAAUUCCUAACAAUGCUUCACUUCUGAUCUACACCGUCAAUUACAAAGCAAUACACUUAAUCGACGGCCAUGGCUCACUGGAUCUCUUCUAAGCUCAAAGUCGCCGAAAAUCUCCUUCAUCAGAUAGAUCAACAAGCAGCUGAUUCACUCCGUAAGAGUGAGAAGCAGCGAUCUGAUGAUAUAAAUCCCAAAAUCAUUGCUAAAACAAACGAGAACAAGCCGCUUAAGGAACAGUUCAAGAAGAAAAGUCUUGAAACAAAUGAUUUAAUUCAGAUAUCGAGAAGUGAUCGUAAUUCAGCUUCUAUUAGCCUGGAAAAGAACAAUAGUUUUGGCAGCAAUAGUAGUUAUAAGAUACAUAAGGAGGCCGUGACUCCAAUAGAUUCGAGUCCCAGUUCCAGUACCAGUGCUCUGACUGAUAAUGAUUGGACGGAAUUGUUAAGUGCACCGAGUUCAAAUGUCACUGCUGGGGGGAAUGCUAGUAGUAAUGGAGUUGGAAGUGCCCGUAGUGGUAGGAGUGAUGGUAGAAAGCAAAGAAUUUUGGGGGCUGGGUCGAAUUUGCCAGCUUUGGAUGGGAAAAGGAGACAGAAACCUCAAAAGGUUGUUAACAGUGUUAAAGGAUCAAAUACUCAUUCAGAGAAUGAGGCAGAUGGUAGAAGGUUUGAUAGAAGAGCUAGCAAUGUGGACUAUACAGUCCCGGUAACUUCAAAUGUUGAACUUAGAACUGAUGGGGAAGGUUUGGGCCGGGGGGACCACCAUCGGAAACAUGAAAAUGUGAAGUCUUUGCUUGGAAAUAAGGAUGAUCAAAAUGAAGUUAAGAAUGAAGGUUUGGAUGUUGUUAAGGGUGUAGAGAAUUCUCCAUCUGGAGAUAAGAGCCUUGGCAUUGUGCCGGCGUCUUCCACUCUUGUUAAGGAGGUGGGCGCAGAGAGUAAGCUGGAUGUCAAUCAGAGGAAUAGGUCUGUGAAGGCUCUAGUUGACAGGCCAAAAAUGGACUCUACGAGUUCCACUUCGCUGAAGAUGAGCUCUUCUUCACCUAGUAAUGUAGAGUCUGAUUCUGAGACGGAUUCAACAUCUUCAUCAGACUCGGAAAGUGAACGUGAAAGAGAAGAAAGGAGAAGAAGAAGGCAACAGCUCCUGGCUGAAAAAGCGGCUGCAAAAGCAAUGGAAGCUAUAAAAGAACGUGAGAACAAGGUUGCUAAAUUGGAAGGCGAGAAGCAGAGCUUGGAAAAAAUACUUGAAGAGCGGGCCAAACAACAAGUUCAAGAGGCUUCUGAGUUACAGAUGAAGAUGAUGGAAACGAUGGAAGCUGUUGAGUUGGAAAAACAGAAGCAUAAUAGUACUAGAAUGGAAACUCUUGCACGAUUAGCAAAGCUUGAGACUGUAAAUGCUGAGCUUGCAAGGUCUCUCGCCACUGUUCAAUGGAAUCUUGAAGUAGAGGUUAGUCAGGUUGCUAAACUACGCCAACAGAUUGAGUUAAAAGAAGCGGCUCAUGAAGAAUUGAGAAGGAAGAUAUCUAGGACACAGGGAAGUGGUGAAAAAUUAAUGGCUUCAAAAGGGAUUGAAAUGGAGAGGGAGAUGCUUGAAGCAGAGCACUCUUUCUUAACAGAUAAAGUGGGAUUGUUGCAAGAAAAGGCAAAGACACUAGAAAGAAGCAUUGCCACAACACAGCAUGAACUGGAAAACCCAACUGCAGUGGAAAUUGAACUCAGGCGGAGACUUAGUCAGUUGACCGAUCAUCUGAUUCAGAAACAAGCUCAGGUUGAGGCACUUUCUUCUGAGAAGGCCACAAUGACAUUUAAGAUUGAGGCUGUUUCAAGAUCACUAGAAGAAAACAAGUCUAUGUCAGCAGAUUUUCCUAGUACCUCAUCAAUGAGUGAUUUGGAGUCUGGGUUAUGGGAGCUCUCCAACACAAAGUUGAGGCCAUUGAUUGAAGAAAGAAUGCGAUCAGGCCAGCAACAUUUAGGAUCUCUGAUUCGGCAGUUAGACUCCAUCUUCUGCACCGGAAUGGUGUUUGUUAGAAGGAAUUCAAACGCAAAAAUAUUUUCUCUGGUUUACCUCGUCUUCCUUCAUCUCUGGGUCGUAUACAUUUUAAUGUCUCAUGCUCCUGUCUCUGAGGACAACAUUGGUGCCAUUAUUUCCUUGGAGAAUAUCAACAAAACGGGAGGCAUGUGAUCUCAUUUAUUGAUGUGUAUCACCAAGUUCAUUGGAUCCAUCAUUUUUUGUUUUGAGAUCCUUUCAGCAUCUCCACCCCAGCCAUAAGCACAGAUGUAUAGAAAUGCACCAUUUGUUAAACAAACCUCAGGUGGUAUAUCUAGGUCAAGGAAUGUAUAAGUUUUAAAGGUCAAUAUGCAUUUCAUGGCAAAUAGAAAUUUCAUAAUGUGUAGUUAUGGUUAUAAUUUCUAGCAAUUCCUUCUCA